AUGCGAACCUAUGAUACCAUCAUGCUUCUCAUCGUUUUUGGAAGAUGUAUAAAGCAGACGGAUUGUGGUUUUGGAUUGAUUAAUUCUUGGUCUCAGCAGCAGCAUCAUCUUCUCAGUCUUGCAAUCACCUACCCUCUACCAGUCAUCAUGAAGUUCACCACCGGUCUUGCUCUUCUGAGCGCUCUUGCCACCUCCACGGCUCAGAUCCUCGUCCCUCCAGGACCCGUCAAGGGCCCCAAUACUUUUGUCUUCAAGCAGAUUGGCGGCAUCCCCAACAAUGAGUGCUUGACCUUCACCAACAGCGGCGAGAUCGUCCAAGCCGCCUGUGCCUGGACACACGCCGACAGACAAGUCACCCCCGGCAAGAUCUUGGGGACCGACGUCCUCAUUGUCCAGCGGGGCUUUGCUGCCCCCUUUCGUGGUGACCUUGUCGGCAAGACAGCCUGCGUUGCCUUCAACGAGACCACCUUCCGCGCCGAGGACUGCUCGAGGAACGACCUGCUGUUUGUCAGAUUCGAUGUUGGCAACGGCCGGAUUCAGGCCAAUGGCGCGCCCGUUUGCUUGAGCGGGUAUGAUAGCAAGGCUUUCGUCAAAAUUGAUAUCGGCCUCCAGAGGUGCUCGCAGUUCACCGUCACUGCUGUUGCGCCUACCAGGCCAUAA